GGGCUUUUGUGUUGGAGAAAACUUCCCACGUUCACAAGCUCCAUGUUCUCCUCUCAUAUGGAGCCACUCUAUCAAUUUUGGAUGCCCAUACAUGCCAUUUAAUGGCCUCCACAUUGAUUUCGAGAGCACCAACAUCAAAUUUUAGGGGUACCCACGUCCACUAUUUUAGUUAAGGGAGGGAUAUACCCAAACAGAGUCUCUGCAAUACAAUCUUUCUCUGGAUUUUGCAUGUUUUUCCUCGUAAUGGGCUUAAGUAUAUGUGGGGUAUGGAUAUAGAGGAGUAGGGUUGGGGCUUCUCCUUCUUGAAUGACUUGCUUGCAGUGUACUCUCUUUAGUAUAUAGUAUACGUGUAUAUGAUGUGGCUAAAGCUAGGCAGCACAGAGAUACCUUGCUCUCCUCUGUGCAAAAGUGGGGAUUGAGAUUGCCCCUGUGCUGCUGCCUUCUCUUUGUCUGUUGUUCCUUCUGAAAUCAGCUGAAAAAAGUAGGCCUGGCUGCCCCUUUGUCUGACGGAACACUGUAUUUGAAUUCCGUGGCAUGAGCAUUCUUUGUUUAUUAUCAUCAAGGUUUUGAAAUUUGAAAUCUACAUGGUAAGCAGGGAUCUGUAAAUGCUUGCUCAACAAUGAAAGCUGCCAAUGAGAAGAAAAACAAGUUUUCCUGGCCAAAGACAUUAGUCAGGAAAUGGUUCAAUAUAAAGAGUAAAGCUAAUGAGUUCCAUGCGGAUGAGAUUGCAGAAGGAUACUCAACAAGAGGUGGGGUUGAAGCAUUUGUUGAUAGAAGGCGGAGUUGUUCUGAUAAGGACUCCUAUUCCUUUAGAAAAGACAGACCAGAAAAAUGGAUGAAGAAGACUCCUGAGAAAAUAAAGCGUGGAAGAAUGGAGACUGAUGUUUCCCAAGUAAUAGAUGUCCAAGAUUUUAGGGUAUUUGUAUCAACAUGGAAUGUGGGAGGCAAAGCUCCUCCGAAUGGUUUAAAUCUAGAAGAAUGGUUGAAUACAUCACCACCAGCGGACAUAUAUGUUUUAGGGUUUCAGGAAAUUGUCCCUUUAAAUGCAGGAAAUGUGCUAGGAGCAGAGGAUAAUGGUCCUGUAGAUAAGUGGCUGGGACUCAUUCGUAAGACACUCAAUAAUCAGCAGGGUGCAGGCAAAAGCACGAGUUCUAGAAACCCUCUAUCACCUGCUAGUGUAAAGUCCACAGACAUGCCACACCCAAUUAUAAGUUUGGAUUCUGACUUUGAGGGCUCUGCAUCGAGAAAUACCACACAAUUUUUCCAUAGGAGAUCAUUUCAGGCUUCGAGCAGGUCUUCUAGAAUGUAUGAUGAUUCCUUCUGCAGGCAACCAAAAUUAGAAAGGCAUUUUAGUGUUUCUGAUCGAGUCUUGACAGGACGAGCAAUUGAAAGGACAGAUUCUGAUAAUAGCAUCAAAUAUGCAUCCUCGGAUGAUGAAAAUGGUAUAUGCGUAAGUGAUUCACCUGCCACCAUGGCUUACUCUCCCAACUCAAGGAGCCCUUCAGCAGAGGCUAGAGCUGGUUUUGGAGAAACGAAUUAUUGUUUGGUUGCCAGCAAACAAAUGGUUGGCAUAUUUCUGUCAAUUUGGGCAAGAACUGAUUUGGGCCAAUAUAUUCAUGAUGUAAAAGUUUCUUGCGUUGGAAGGGGCUUGAUGGGUUACCUUGGUAAUAAGGGUUCGAUAUCAAUUAGCAUGACUCUCCAUCAAACAAGCUUUUGUUUUAUUUGUACUCAUUUAACUUCUGGCCAGAAAGAUGGUGAUGAGCUCCGAAGGAACUCUGAUGUUAUGGAGAUCAUGAAAAAGACACGCUUUCCAGGGCUGCAUAAGUUUGGUGGCGAAAAUUCACCUGAAACCAUAAUGGAUCACGAUCGAGUUAUUUGGCUUGGAGAUUUGAAUUAUAGAAUUGGACUCUGCUAUGCCUAUACGAAGCAGCUUGUAGAAAGGAAUGCUUGGGAGGCACUGUUAGAAAAUGACCAGCUUAGGACUGAGCAUAAGGCCGGGCGUGUCUUCAAAGGCUGGAGUGAAGGACACAUCCAUUUUGCACCCACCUACAAGUACUCCAGUAACUCAGAUCGCUAUGCUGGAGAUGGUUUCAAAUCUAAAGAAAAACGGCGGACUCCAGCAUGGUGUGAUCGCAUACUAUGGUUUGGAAGAGGGUUAAAACAGCUAUCAUAUGUUCGGGGUGAAUCAAAGUUUUCAGAUCAUAGACCUGUUUAUGCUGUGUUCUUGGCAGAAGUUGAAACUCUCAACCGUUGCAAAUCAAAAAAGUCAUUGGCUAGUGUGAGUACAAGAAUUGAAGUGGAAGAACUUCUGCCCCAGACUAGCUGCAUCUAAGUUUCCCUUCCCUAGGCAGGGUUGCAGCAUCCAUUUAGAGAAGGGAGAGAGAUGGCUUUUGGGUUGUGGAAAGCUACCAGGGGCUGAGAAGAUUUGUAUGAAAGUUCCCUUGAAGAUUUCCACCAUAAGGGUACCUAAUAUGAUGUGCAGACUUUCGCAGAGGACAUUUUGAAGGAACUUGCAUUACCUCUGGCACUGUCUUCUGGUAAAUGAAAGCUCCAUUAUCCCUUUCUGAAGCUAAGUGCAAAACACAAAAACCAAUAGCAAAAUUGCGGGAUCGGGACUUGGACAAGCUUGUCCCUAUUCUGUUAUUGCCCCCACUAUUACCUUAAACUGCCUUCAUCAUUUGGCAGAUAAAGGCAUGUGUUUCUUGAGUCUGAUACUCACCAAGAGUGGGAUUUUAGCUUGAUACCCACAAGGACAAAACACCUCUGUUAAAAGAAGCCAUUCUUAUAUUGAGGAAGGCAAGUUAUCUUCAGAUUAAAGUCCUCAUCUUCAUGUGUUCAGAAAAGUAUGAGCUCUAUGAUGUGUGCAAACAAUGCACCAUCUAUAUGGUGAAAUACCAAACAAGCUCCUUGAUAUAUAUGAAUUUUGGAAGAUUGAAAACAUGGUCUAGCUUGUGCCCUUUGAGUUAUAUGAGCAAAGAAUGAGGUUGGUGGUGCAGCAAUAAAUUUUUCUGCAAGCUCUUUAGGUCCAGAAGUGAAAAGCUCUAGGUAAUGCGUUCUUGGAAACAGGGUUUGUUCAAUGUCACUAACUGAAGAGACUCUAUAAAGGUUUUGUAGCUUUCCAUCUGUAAUUUUGUACAUAUAUUUAACAGAGAAAUGAACAAAAUGGACAAGUCUUCCAUUGUUUUACUAAUCAACAGGCCAUUCCCAUGGUAUGCCUUAUUCCUCUCUAUUUGCAACAAAAAGCAAAUGCAUCCCUAAUACUCAUCAUUUGUAAUUUUAUCUUCUCUAACUGAGAAAUGAACACUUGAGCAUGUUCAAGUGAUUUGGCUAAUUAAGAAGCCUUCUUCAUGGCAUGCUCUGUUCUUGUCUAUUUGCAACAAGCAAAAAUCUUUUCUCUCA